GCACAAACACAAACCACGAACAAGUGCGUAGAAAAAUAGAAUAACAUAAUCAAGAAGUUUAUAUGGAAGGAAAUUAUAUGGAAGGAAAAUUUAAAAGAUCAUUUCCUUUUGAAAAAAACUGUGUGAUAAACAAUAAAAUAAAAAAAAUUAAAGUGCAUACCAAUCAAAUGCCAAAUAAUAUGGAAAAGGUAUCUCAACAUAAUUUUAUAAAACAUUCCAAAGUACAAUCCUCGGAGGAAGAUAGGAAACUAGAUAAGGAACAUGUUUCGCUUGUUGAAAAAAUGAUGCCGACAAAUGCUGCAGCUUAUGUAGGACAAAAACAAAUUCUUGGUCCAGGCACUGUCUUGGGCUACUUACUGGAAAAGGGAGAAAUUUCCAGUAUGAUAUUUUGGGGUCCACCUGGAUGUGGAAAGACGUCCUUAACCAAUGUAAUAGCAUGUUUAAGUAAAGAAAUAGCAGGUGAUAAUGUGCACAUUGUAAAAUUAUCUGCAAACAAUUCUGGCGUAAAAAAUAUAAGAGAUGCUGUUAUCACAGCAAAGAACAAAUCCAGAUUUGGAUGCAAAACUAUUGUCUUUAUGGAUGAUAUUCAUUGUUUUAACAAGCUUCAGCAAGAUAUAUUUUUGCCGCAUGUAGAGGCAGGGACAUUCACUUUAAUUGGGUGUACUACCGAAAAUCCAUCCUACAGCUUGAAUCCAGCUUUGUUAAGCCGCUGUCGUGUGUUUGUGCUAAAUAAAUUAACAGAAUGUGAUAUAACAGAAAUUCUUCAUAAGGCAAUAGACUACAUAAAUGGAACCAAACUCAAUACACAAGAAAAAACUGAAAUGAAUAGAAAGCAGUUACAAUCCCAUUCAAAUCUUAAAUUUUGUAUCGAUAAUGAUACAAUACAAUGGUUAGUAGAAGCAUGUGAUGGUGAUGCACGUGUAGCUCUGAAUACUUUAGAAUUAGCAGUGCUUGCAAAAAAAACCGAUAGAUUAAAAACAUGUAAUAAUAAUAUUAUUCUUAAAGAUAUUAAAGAGAAUUUAAUAAAAGCACAUGUGCUUUCUGAAAAAGAAACCAGUCAGAGCCAUCACAUGUAUUCUGCUCUUCAUAAAUCAAUAAGAGCUGGUAAAGCAAAUGCUUCCCUAUAUUGGAUGGCUAGAAUUAUGGCAGUUAAAGAAGAUCCAGUAAACAUUGCGAGACGGUUAGUUAGAAUAUCUAGUGAGGAUAUCGGUCUAGCUGAUCCAGAUGCUUUAGGUGUAGCUGUUGACACAAUGUAUGGAUGUCAAAUGAUUGGUAUGCCAGAAUGUGAUGUACUUUUGGGACAAUGUGCAGUUUAUUUAGCGAAAGCACCAAAGUCUCGAUCAGUAUAUAAUGCGUUAAAAGCAGCUGAGAACAUUAUUUUGAAAUACAAAGACUCUCAGCCUGCUGUGCCAUUACACAAAAGACAUAUUGAUUGUUUACCUACAGAAUUACAACACAUCAAUUUUUUUCAAGAAAAAGAGCAUAUAAAUAUUUAAAAGUAAUACUAUAUGGUUUUUUAUAUUAUAUUUAUAUUUACACAAUUUCUUUUUAAUUUCUUCAACUUUCAAGAUAGAAUUGUUAUAAAUUUCCAAAUAUUUGAAGUUCAAACUAAUCGAUUGAUUAAUCUUUUACUAAUCGAGAUACAUCAACUAUUUGUCGCAAAAUUAGUGAAUUAUAUUUAAUAAUUAUUAAAGUACAUGUAUAUCCAAU